AUGUUUCUGUCUGUGGGACUCAUGAUUCUGACCAUCGCAAUAGGAGUCAUCUCAGUCAAUGGGGCCACCUACAAGAAACUGGGAGACGAAGCUGUCCUAUCACCAGGCUCCAUGCCUAAUCUCAUCACCAGCAUCACGUGGAAACACGGCCCGGACAUCGCUGUGGAGUGGUACGGCAAGGAAACAUUCGCAUACCGGGAGUUUAAAGGUCGGUGUAAGCUUGAUUUCAACACUGGAGCUCUGACCAUCUCAAACCUGACUGUAAAGGACAGCGGCAUCUACACAGCAGAGAUCAACAACAGAGUCAUGAACCCGACUAAAAUCACUGUUAUCUCUGCUGUCCCCAAACCCACUGUCUCCAAAUCAUGCAACCCUGAGAUGACCAUCUGUACUCUCACCUGUGAAGCCCAAGCCAUCACAGGCGUCGAACCAGUCAUCUAUUCCUGGGUGAUAAGUGCCAAGCAAAGAGUUCAGUCUUCAAGCAAUCAGCUCAGCAUAGCAAAGUUGUGGGUGACUCUGCCGUAA